GAGGCGGCGGCGGCGGCGGCAGCAGCGGCGACGGCUCCGGCGGCUCCUCCUCCUCCUCUGGUGGCGGCGGCGCCCCGGGCCUGAGCCCCGGCCCCGGCUCCCCUCUCCGCCACCCCGCGCGCCCCCACUUCCCCCGGUGCCGCGGGGAACAUGAGGCUCCGCUCCCGGAGGCAGGCGAGUGAGUGACCCCGUCCCCCGCCUCAGCCCGCCCGCCCGCUGGCCCGGCCGCUCCCCCCCCGCCUCGCCCAGGCAAUGACAGCGGCUCCGCCGUCUCCGCAGCAGAUCAGGGACCGGCUGCUGCAGGCCAUCGACCCCCAGAGCAACAUCCGGAACAUGGUGGCGGUGCAGGAAGUCAUCUCCAGCCUGGAGAAAUACCCCAUUACCAAAGAGGCACUGGAGGAAACCCGACUUGGGAAGCUCAUCAACGACGUCCGCAAGAAGACAAAGAACGAGGAGCUCGCCAAGCGGGCCAAGAAGCUGCUGCGGAGCUGGCAGAAGCUCAUCGAGCCCGUGCACCAGAAUGAGGCUGCAUUGCGGGGGCUGGCGGGUGCCCCCGGCUCGGCCAACGGGGGCGCCCAUAACUGCCGGCCGGAGGCAGGGGUGGCCGGCCCGCCCAAGAGCAUCCAUGACCUGAAGAACCGCAAUGACAUCCAGAGGCUGCCCGGGCAGCGGCUGGACAGGCUGGGCAGCCGCAAGCGCCGGGGGGACCAGCGUGACCUCGGUCACCCUGGGCCACCUCCCAAGGUCUCCAAAGUGAGCCACGACUCCCUGGUAGCCAACUCGUCCCCCCUCCCCACCAACGGGAUCAGUGGGAGCCCUGAGAGCUUCCCCGGCCCCCUGGACGGCAGUGGGCACGUGGGCCCCGAGGGCAGCCGCCUGGAGCACAGCGAGAAUGACAAGCACAGUGGCAAGAUCCCCGUCAAUGCCGUGAGGCCACACACCAGCUCCCCGGGCCUGGGCAAGCCCCCCGGGCCCUGCCUGCAGACGAAGGCUGCGGUGCUGCAGCAGCUGGACAGGGUGGACGAGACUCCAGGUCCCCCCCACCCCAAGGGGCCGCCUCGCUGCUCUUUCAGUCCCCGGAACUCACGGCACGAGGGCUCCUUUGCCCGGCAGCGGAGCCCGUACACAUACAAGGGCUCCGUGCCCAGUCCCUCGCCUCGGCCCCAGUCACUCGAUGCCACGCAGGUGCCAUCACCGCUUCCGCUGGCCCAGCCGUCCACGCCCCCCGUGCGGCGGCUCGAGCUGCUGCCCAGCGCAGAGAGCCCGGUACGCUGGCUGGAGCAGCCUGAGGGCCACCAGCGGCUCGCGGGGUCGGGCUGCAAGGCAGGGCUGCCACCGGCCGAGCCCCUCCUGCCCCGGGCAGGCUUCUCCCCGGACUCCUCCAAGGCAGACAGCGAUGCUGCCUCCUCCGGUGGCUCGGACAGCAAAAAGAAGAAGAGGUACCGGCCUCGUGACUACACGGUUAACUUGGACGGGCAGGUGGCCGAGGCAGGUGUCAAGCCUGUCCGGUUAAAAGAGCGGAAGCUCACCUUUGACCCCAUGACGAGACAGAUCAAACCUCUGACCCAGAAAGAGCCAGUGCGGGCUGACAGCCCUGUGCACACAGAGCAGCCGAGGACAGAGCUGGACAAGCCCGAGGCCAAGGCCAGCCUCCAGAGCCCUUUUGAACAGACGAACUGGAAGGAGCUGUCGCGCAACGAGAUCAUCCAGUCCUACCUGAGCCGGCAGAGCAGCCUGCUCUCGUCGUCGGGCGCACAGACCCCGGGCGCUCACCACUUCAUGUCCGAGUACCUGAAGCAGGAGGAGAGCACUCGGCGCGGGGCCCGGAAGCCACACGUGCUGGUGCCUCACGGCCCACCCACGGACCUCCCAGGGCUAAGCCGUGAGGUCACGCAGGACGAUCUGGACAGGAUCCAGGCCCAUCAGUGGCCGGGGGUGAACGGGUGUCAGGACACACAGGGUAACUGGUAUGACUGGACGCAGUGCAUAUCGCUCGACCCGCACGGCGACGACGGGCGGUUGAACAUUCUGCCUUAUGUCUGCUUGGACUGACUGGCCUGUCGGGCUCUAAGUGCAUUCCCACCUUGCAGUCAGCCAUAGAGGGCGGGCGCCAGGGCCCGGCCGCCUCCAGUGGUUGGGAAUCCGGAGUGGGGGGUGGGGGUCCGGCCCAGGGUGGGAGGGAGAGGGAGCGAGAGUCUCUAGGUCUCUCUGUGCUCUUCCCUCAAAAUUCUCCUUCUUUUGUGAAAUGCUGCUACCAGUUUACUAACAAAAUUGCAAAGGAAGGACCACGUGGAAGGAAGGCCAGCAAAGUGAGUUCAGAACUCUAUAGCAAACCAGCUAUAAAAAGCGUUAGCCCCCCACCCCGGAAGAGGUGCGGACGCUUCCCAGCCCCCGGUGAGCUGGGACUCAGUUGCAGGCAGGCACAGAAAACCUGUGGAAGAGGUUACCUUUAACACAGCAACAGAAGCACGCAUCUCAUCUCUGCAUUUUCUGUUUUUUAACAUGGCCCUGAGUGUUUGAGGCAGUGGGCAACGCUGUGGCCUCUGUUUGCACCCCACCUGGCCAGCUUUUCCAUCAUGGUGCCAGAAGCUUCUCAGCUGUAGCGAGCUGCUGGCAUCAGGCAGGCCAGCUUGCCAGCCAGUUUGACCCAUGCUCCCUGGGCGUCCACACAUUUGUAUCUGGUUUCAGUUACAACCCAGUUCUUAAAGAAAUGCUGCAAAAAUUUAAGUUUUCUAGAGUUUAUUUUACCCCCUUCUUCCAUCUGACCGUCAGACGAAUAACUUUCCUUGUUCCUCCCUCUUCAUUUUCCCCUUCCUGCACAUAUCUAGAAAAGUUCACCUUUCUAGAGUCCCCUCCCCAAAAAAACACAAAAGUAACCGUGGGUGCUACUGGUGUGUAAGCUGUACUGUUGGGUGAGAAGAGACCUGUCUGUACGCUGGAAACACUCAUAACCAUUCCUUUAGAUUCGUUUGCCUUAUGGUUAUUUGUCAUAAACGCGAUUUGCAAAAACAAGGAGCCUUAGUGAAUGUACAGUACCUAGACUUCUGUGUUCUCAGGACGCAGAAGGGAGCAACUUUGCUAUUUGGUCCAGUAAGUGGACACCUUGUGAUAUAAAUGUGGAAAUAAAAAAAAAAAAAAACAAAAAACAUUUGCACAAA